CGGUAUGAAUAAAAUGUGGUUUUGUUAACUGCAGAAUAUUAACGGUUAUAAAAAGUAAAAACGGUAUAUAGUAAAAUGUGAAUGGUAGCAAAAAUGAAAUGCGGUACGGAACCAAUAGUAGAAUGGUAAAAAUAUUAUAAGCGAUGCAGAAUACAAAUUAAAAUUAAAUAUAUUAAUAUAACAAAAUAUAAUUAUUACUAAUGAGAACUCUCUCCGUUUUUUUUAUAUUUGACGCUUUAGGAUUGUGCACAUAGAUUAAGAAACAUUUAAUUUUCUAAACAAAAACAUUAUUAAUUGUUUACCUAACCACAAUUUAACUAAUAAUAAAAUAGAAACUAUAAUAUCAUUUGUCAUCUAGCAUUAAUUAGUAAUAAAUUUUACAUAGAAAAUUAAAAACUUCAAAUAAUUUAAAACGAAAAAAAUUCCUCUAAAACGUCAAAUAUAAAAAAGGAGGGAGUAUAUGAUAAAUUAAAUUCUUUUUAUGACACAAUAUAGACAAAUAUACUAUCAAAAAUUUAAAUUUACCCACAACAUAUUUGCAAUUUUAUGUAUCAUUCGAGCCAUAUAUUCGCCAUCUACUGCAUUUGUAGAUUUGAUAUUUUUGCAUCAUGUAAAUCGUUAUCUUAGCAUGUGUUGUUUAUUCUCGUCUCUAUCAAUACUUCAACAAAAUUUGCAUCUCAAAAUUAGAAAUUUUGAUAAUAUUAUGUAGCCCCAUUGUACAUUAAUUUACAUGAUAUAUUCUAGACAACUACAUUUUUUCUUAAAUUAUUUAAUACAAAUAACUAAGUUUGAUAUAUAUAUAUAUAUAAAUAUAAAAAUUAGUAUAUAUUUUGUAUAUUACAUAGUUAUUGUAUUUCUAAAAUGACAUUUUCUGCUUGUAAAUGAAAAUUAGAUUAAUAUAUAUUUUAAACUUAAUUAUUUAUAUUUAAUAAAAUAAAGAAAUUGAAAUGAAAAAAUUGAAAAGAAAGAAAAAAGCUCACCAACACAUCAAACCGCACCAAUUUAUCUUCUUAUGCGUGUCAUGUGCGGGUCGUAGAACACACUUCCAAUUCUAUUUUUUUUUCUUUUUUCUUUUAAUCACAAACCACACUAUGUGUUAUGUGUGUGUGUUUAAGGUGAAUGGUUACUGAAAUGAAAAUACGCAUGCGUUUACGUGUAUCCACUACAAACAUUCAUAACCUAUUUCUUAAUAAAAAUACUAAAAAUUAUAAUGUUUGAGGGAUGAUAAGAAGAUCAAAGCCUCGUUUUCCUUUCUUUCGUCUGAAAUUUCUUUGUUCAUUUCGUGUCCUUAACUACAUUAAACGCGUUAUCCAUGGACCUGGUUGAAAUAAACAGACGGUGCACUUAUCCGAUCUAGUAUAUACAUAUAUGUUUGAUGUCAGCAUUAAAUAGCGUAUGGAUUCUUAGUCAACUAAGGUUUAACUUGAGUUGAAGAGACGAAUCCAACCAGCUUGUAUGACAAAUUCUUCGAGUGUUGCGUCUAUUCCAUCGUGUCAUCUGAAUAAAAAAAACGCUUAGAUAAUGGAUUUAAACAUAUUAUAACAAGUUAAUUCAGUAAAACUUCCCUAGAUAUACAUAAUGAACUGAUUCGGUUCAGUUUUACACGGCCCCGGCUAAUUAUUUUACGUCACCACUACACGUACCAUUUCCUCAUGGAGGCUCCUUCUUAAAUAGAAUAUUCCCAAUUCCACUUAUUCUAACAUGUAUGACUUUUUAUCAUCUAAUAUAUAGAAUAGUGGUAGUUUGCAUGACUUAUAUAUCGAAAUCAAGAUUAAUCUUAAAAUACGUAUACAACUGGUAUGAAUUAUACACUAAUAUAAACUGAAAUAGUGAGAUAUAAAAUGACAUUUUAACAAUACCAAUGUGAUUUUAUAAAAUGAAAAAUGUAAAAUGAAAAAAAACAAUCAUUAAAAAUAAAAGAACAAAAUGAAAAAUAAGAGAAAAAUAAGUCAAAUAAAAUUUAAAUCUCAUAUCAGCAAUUUCAUUGUUUUGGAAUGUAUCUCUUAUUUCCUUGUAUUCAAAAACUCAAUAACCAGAAUUUAAAAGACCACGGUGAAAAGUCGAGAGAUAUAGAUAGCUUGUCAUAAAAGUCAAAGCGACAUUGCAAAACUCAUUUCACAUUCAUAAUAUAAAACUUCGACGACUUGGUCUUCUUCUCUGUGUGUGUUUUGAUUGGCAAGUCUUCGUCAUCUCCCAUUGUUCAACACGAGGGAAAAGUCGUGAGACUUUGUCUUAUUCCAUUGAAUUAUUUAAACAGGUGAAUAAAAACUCAUGAGACUUAUCUUCUUCUCUCAUUUUGCUUUCUCAUGGAUGAUUCAGAUAUCAAAAGGCUGGGCGAGAUCCUUAUUACAGCGGAGGAGGAGGAGGAGUUGAAUACACCUGAUGAACAUGAUCACACCGAAACAUCUACCCACCAGAGUUAUGUAACCAUUCUGAAAGAAGGAGAUAUCCGAAGUCGUAUGAAAGAAGAGAUCCAACGUGUUUCAAAUACUUACUCAAUCUCCAAAGACGACGCCACACUUCUGCUAGCCCACUUUCGCUGGGAUGAUAUUGAACUUCAUAAGAACUGGUCUGAUAACGCUAAAACUGUUAGAGAAAGCGUCGGAAUAUUUGAGUUGGAGAGACCACUUGAUUUACCUUCUGACGACAAAAAUUUCUAUUGCGGAAUCUGCUUCAAAAUACACUCACUUGAGAGGUCUGCAUCGGUCUCAUGUGGCCAUCGUGUAUGCAAGUUCUGCUGGAGAAGUCAUAUCAACAAAAGAAUCAAUGAGAUUGCAGAUGUUGACUGGUAUGGGACAUUAAAAUGUCCAUAUUGUCCAGCUUCCUUUGGUUGGGACAUGAUAGAGAGUUUUGCUUGCGAGGAAGAGAAAACUAAGUACUAUCGAUAUCUCUUUAGAUCUUACGUUGAAGGCAGCAAAGUGAUAAAAUGUUGUCCUGCUAAGGGGCGUAGCUGCGAUGUUCAUCUUACUCCUGGUUCCGGAAACUUUGAUGUCUUAUGUCUCUGCCUGCUUAGUUUCUGUUGGAAUUGCAGCCAGGACACUCACAGUCCAAUGGACUGUGAAUCAGCUGCAAAAUGGUUAAGAAUGAACAGUUCUGAUUACCAAGACCCCAACUGGGUACGAGAGAACACGGUGCCUUGCCCUAGGUGUAAGCUAAGGAUCAGAGAAAAUCAAGAUUGGUCACUGAAGAUGAGAUGCUUUCCACCUUGCAACUAUGACUUCUGUUGGCGCUGCCGUGGUCAAUGGACUGAACAUGGCUUAGAUUUAUACACUUGUACCCAUGAUGAGGUCUCGUAUGAAGAGACUGUUUUUGGGAAUAUGGCAGAAUAUGCUGCAGGUAGAUACAAAGACUGUCAUGAAAAGUGGAUGAGUAAUGAAUCGUUGAUGCAAAAGGCAAAAGCAAAACUCCAGCAACUACACACUGAUGUUAUUCCGGAUUUGAGUAACAAACAGUUAGCAACUGUACAGCAGCUUGAGUUCAUUGCGGAAGCUUGGUCUCAGAUCAUGGAAUGUAGAAGGGUCCUGAAAUGGACUUAUGCUUAUGAGUAUUACCUAGGAGAGGACCAGGUCGAAAAGCAAGCUUUCUUGAAGCUUAAGCAAGACAAUGCAGAGAUUCCUCUGGAGAAGCUCAAUUACCAUGCAGAGAAUCAACUGAAUAUGUUGCUUGACUCAGAUGGACCAUCAGAGAAUUUUAAUAGAUUCCGCAGCGAUUUAACUGACUCAACUAGAAUAACGAGAAAUCACUACGAGCUUCUUGUAAGAGAUCUUGAAGAUGGCUUAAGUAAUGUUGUCGGUGCUUCAACGUCGCAAAGGGCACGUAACGAGGAUGAUGCUAGUGGUUCGAGCAGUAUACAUGAUGAUUUAUUUUAAUGUUUAAAUUACUAUAAAUAUUUAUAGGAAAUCAUUGGAUUUCUCAUGUCUGAUAUGAACUCUGUUUCGUUUUGGAUCUA